AGUUCGUAAACUUUCACCUUUGACCCGCAUGAGGAGGAUGCGAGCGUGGCCGAUGGAGAAGCAUAUCUCAAAUUCAAUGACAGUCUGGACUUUUUCGCCUUAUUACGGCGGCGUAUAGCGAAGAAAACAUGGAGCAAGAACUCGCACCAUUAGUCCAGCAGCUUAUAGGGGCCGUAGAGGUCGCCAUGAGCCCCAUGUCUGGUUCACGACAGCGGCAAGAAGCGUAUCAGCUCUGUGAAAACUUUAAGGAACACUCUCCGCACUGUGCAGCAUGCGGUCUGCAGCUGGCACAGAAAAACAACAAUCCUGUCAUCAGACACUUUGGGCUUCAACUACUGGAACACUGUGCUAGAUUUCGUUGGAACUCCUGGCAACCCUCAGAGAAGGUUCAGUUUAAGGACACUGUGCUGAAAAUGAUGGCAGAGGGAGUGGACAAUAUCUUAACUGAGCAGCCGUACAUCAAGGAUGCAUUGUCCAAGAUCGUUGUAGAGUUAAUCAAGAGAGAAUGGCCGCAGCACUGGCCCACUAUGAUGGAGGAGCUCAGCCGGGUUGCAGCACUGGGGGAGACGCAGACAGAGUUGGUUUUGCUGAUCUUCCUGCGGUUGGUGGAGGACAUCGUAGCUUUCCAGAAUCUGCCAUCUCAGCGCAGGAAGGACAUCCUGCAGUGCCUGACUGCCCACAUGGGGGAGCUGUUCACCUUCUUCACCACCACUCUGCAGACCCACACCUUGCAGUACCAUCAACUGGCUCACAGUCCAGGGGAAGCAGAGAAAAUCAAGGCCCAGUGCCACUGCCGUGUGGCCCAGGCUGUUCUGAAGACACUGUGUGGGUAUGUAGAGUGGGUGUCAGUCUCCCACGUGUUUGCUAACGACGGGAAGCUGGUGGAGUCGCUCUGCUUGUUACUGGGACAACAGGACUUCCAGCUGCACGCUGCCGAAUGUUUACUUCUCCUGGUCAACAGAAGGGGUCGAACUGAAGAAAGAAAACCUCUGUUACUCUUGUUUAAUGAUGGAGCCAUGGACACUAUUCUAUCAGCUGCAAGCUCUGCAGACAGAGAAGCCCUGCAGAAUGAGCAGCAUUACCUGUUCCUGAAGCGCCUGUGUCAGCUGCUGGUCGGCCUGGGGCAGCAACUAGGGACUCUCUGGGGUCCGACUGGCUUGGGAGUGGGCUGUCCGUCAAACUUCAGCAAAUACCUAUCAGCCAUUCUGUCCUUCACAGCUCACAGCAGCCAGAGCCUGUCCUCUCUGACCCAGGGGCUGUGGGCAGCAUUCCUCAGACACGAGCACAUCUCCAAGGACUCCAUCUUUCUCGAGUUUGUCCCUAAAGUCCUUCAACAGGCAACCAUUAAUGUUGUAAAGACCGGCCUCCCCUCCUGUUCUGAUUCCCCCAGCUGUACCUUCUCCCAGGUCGACUUUGACAGCGAUGAUGAGUUCAACUCAUUCUUUGCAGCAUUCCGUGCCCAAAUCGUGGAGACCGUGCGGUUGUGUACAGGCCUCAUGCCAAAGGUGGCAUUCCAUUAUACCGACCAGUGGAUCCGCCAACUCAUGGCCUCCCCCAUUGACCCUGGUGAUGCCACGGCACCUGGCCAGGGAUACUGCAACCUGACCUCCCCCUCGUUUGUGAGAUGGGACGGUCUGACCUGUUACAUGGAAACCGUCGUCAACAAGAUAGUAAAGCUGGAAGCUGUUCAGCUUGUCAUUCCUGAAGGAGUGUCCCUCUUGGAAGAUGUCUUAAUGUACAGUCCUAAGGACCCUCUUAUCCUGUCUUGUGUGCUGACUUGUGUCUCCACGCUGUUCCCAUUUGGACUGGAAACCAUUGACACCAUCCUGCCCCCAGUACUGCAGAAGAUAUUUGCUGCAGUGGUGUUUUCCCUUCCAGAUCAGACCAAUGCCACCAUGCGCAGCCGAGGAGUUCAAAACGUGCGUCGCCAUGCCUGCUCAGCCCUCCUUAGGAUAUGCAGGGACAGUCCAGACAUACUUCUGGCAUCGUUUGACCUUCUGUACGGCUAUGUGAAGAAGCUGCUGGCAGAGGAGCCUUCGCUGACACAGAUGGAGAAAACCACACUGUCGGAGUCCCUCAUGCUUAUCAGUAACCAGUUCAAGAACUUUGACCGACAGUCAGCUUUCAUACAGGAGAUGGUUUCACCUGUCAGUGCAGUCUGGCUUUCACCCACCAUGAAACAGGUUGUGUCAUCACCAGCACUAUUCAUCUCCUCUGUGGGCAUGGAUAAACCAGCAUGUCCCACUGGCCAGAAUGACCCAGCUCAGAGGGACAGGCAACAGGUGCUGUACUGUAUCAACAUGAUGUUGGGAUUGGUCAAGAGGUGUAAAUGGCCUCAAGACAAAGAGGAGGCCAUGAGAGGAGGAUUUGUACUGGGACAGAGUGGUGAUGGUGCAGUGGUGUACAGAAACCCAUCCACAGCACACAUCAUCCCCUUACUGGAGAACCUUCUUGUCCUCUCCAGGACCCUGAAUGGCAUCUGGCUGCCUGCCGUCCGCAGUAAGAUUCAUGCUGACUUCACCAAGGCCUACGACCUGCAGGAAGGAGAGAGGCUAUGUGUUCUUGGUCUGCACUCACCACACCCUGCCCCCAACGACCCUGCUGUUGGCAAGACACCAGUAGAGAAGAUGCAGAGUUUCCUCACCAGUGUGCAUGACAACUGCUACCAUGUACUAGGAAACUGUGGAGCCAGCCUGGGUAGGGAGUUCUAUGGCAUCCCCCAGCUGGCUAACCUGUGCCUGGCCUCCAUCAUGACUAGUCUAGACCACAUCCCUGACUACAGACUCAGGCCCAUCAUCCGUGUGUUUAUGAAGCCGUUUGUGCAGAACUGUCCCAGUGACUUCUACAGCAGCCUUCUUCUUCCCAUGCUGUCAGCACUUUCCCAGUACAUGUUGCAGAGGCUGAAUACAAGAUGGGAAGUCAUCAAUAACAGACAAGCAGAGACAGAUGGUGCAGGUGAGGAGGUGACUCAGGAGGUGGUAGACGAUCAGCUCACCAGGCUCCUCACCAGAGAGUACAUCGACUUGCUAGCGGCAGCUUUUACUACAAAACGGACCCCAGACACAAGCAACUCCCAAGAUGGCAUGCAAGAGCCCUCGGAAAACGCCCCCACCUUCCACCAACAAGAAAUCAGCGCCCUAGGGAAAUGCCUGUUACAGCAUGAGUCUGUGGCAACGGCUGUUCUGAUCUGCCUGUACUCAGCGCUGUGGUGGAACGACACGACCAGCUGUCACCGCGCUGGCAGCUUCGCAUGGAUGAUGCUAAAACAGGUGCUGGAGAGGGGUGUGCAGCCUGAAAUGAUCAAUCAUCUAUUUCUUUGCAUCCUGCGUGGUCUGCACCAACAUGGGCAACAUGAGAGCUGUCAGGCCACACUAGUGGGGCUGGGGUUUCAGUUCUAUGAGACGUUAAGGCCCACCCACCCCCAGUUGCCCGCUGUGCUGGUACAAGUGCCCAACUGUACUGCUGCAGCGGUGGAGAACUUCGACAACAAAGUGGCCCUGAACCCUGCACCUGCCAAACCUGUGCCAGACAAGAGGAAGAAGGAAAUGUUUAAGAAGCUGGUCUCAGGAGCAAUUGGGAAACAUGUUGGGCAGCAGUUUAAGAAAGAUGUCAACAUUCCCAACCUACCCCCCCUGUUCAAGCCCCCCAAGCCCAGCAAACCCUCCCUGGACCAGUCGGACACCAAUGAUCUGGGCAUUGCUAGUCUUUUCGAUCCUAAUAAGGAAGUAUGACGUCUUCUGUUUGUUUUGUAAAUACUUGCAGCACUAAGAGACUUUGCAAAAAUGAUUGUUGUAAUAAAAUGCUUCUCUACAUUUUUUGGUUACCUAGAUGGAAACAAUGUUUUGCCGAAAAAAUGAAUUUACUUCAUAUUUGCAAAGGAGUGUGAGGAAAUGUGUAUUGGUUCCAGCCUGGUUGGCUGUUGUAAUUGGUUAGUGGGGGAGGAAGUUAGGAUGACCAUGAUAGUAUGUUGUCAGAUAAUGAAGAAUGUGAAGGGAGAAAAAUGUGAAUGAAGAAGGAUGUGAAUGCCAGUAUACUUUAACAGGGAUUUAGAAGCAACUCUAAUCCUCUUUAGGCUACACAUACUGAAUACGUUGUGGGUGACAUCCUCUGAAGACCCCACCCUUGAUGCUCCUUUCAUGGUGAAUAUUUUUAACAUACGUGCACAUUUUUUCCAUGAUGUUUUCUAAUCUUGCGAGAAUCAAAAUAAACAAAACAAGUGCUUGAGUAUUUCAUAACCAGGUAAAGAGUUUUGUUAUUAAAUCAUCCUCUGCCCAGAUUUUUCUUACAGGAACAAUGCAUGCAAUCAGUGCACACACGUCAUCCACCAAAUCCGGUUUGUGUAGCCUUGGCCUGAUAGGUAAAACUUUGCUCGUGCUUGUUGGUAUCAACCCAAAUGUAUAGGACACUCAGGUAUGACCUAAAUGUCCAUGAUUUGAAAUUUUUUUACGAUUUGUAUGAUUUAUUCUUUGUUUUGUAACUACAUUGUAAGGAUUGAUUGAUGAGUUUUCAGUCCCAUAUUCCAUUAUAUAGGUACAUGUGUCUAUGUAGGGACCCUAAUGUGAAACAAGCCUGGUGUAUACAAUCAUGUAGACUCCUUUUGGAUUACAUGGUAGCACAUGGUAGGGUCUUAUGAACAUGUAUCUUCAUAAAUUUAUUCAUUCCCGAUGCAGGCAAUGCCUUGCAGGUCUGUAUCAAGAGAAUAAGCACAUCCAAAAACAUUGUGAAGCAAUUUUUUUUUUCCAUGUUUGCUUCAAGAUUUAUAGUUUCAAAUGGAUUUGUGCAAUUGCAGUAAUACAUGUGCCUACUACUUCUCCAGUUUGGUGCCAUAACAAAUUGAAACUAUGGUCUAAAAUUACGCAAAUGUGUAAUGUUAUCUAUGCUUUAUGUGCACUCCUGAAAUAAGGAAGAUUAUUCUGUCCUGUCUAUGGCCAAGUUGCUAAUACAAAUGUACUUGCCUUAUACAAGUAAGUUAAGUAGGUAUAAGAUAGGGGUUUUGUCCCAAAGGAAAUGAAUGUCUGGUAGUGUGAUGUACUGUUGCCUGAGGUUUCGUCCUUUCGUAUGGAAACAUAACCCAUCACAAACAUUACUUGUUCUGUGCAAAGGCCAUGCCUAUUUUCUUAAUUUCAAAUAAGUUACCAUUGAGUUGAAUAGAAAAUGUCAUUUAGAGCAAUCUUUUUUAAAAAUGCUGCCAUUUUUAAUGUUUCUAAGAGUUAUUGAAUCUUAGCAGCAGGCAGCUGCAGACACACUUGUUUUUUGUGCCACAUAAGUUAUGGCGAGCUUUCUGAUUUUUUUCUUCACAAAGCUGGUGUCAUACAACUUUGUGAUAGAACUUAGAUUGAGUUAAGUUGACCAGCUGUUGGAAAACUGAUGUGGUAUCGCUUUACUUUUCAUGUAGUUCCCUUCUAUAUUGCAAGGGGGCUCUGUGCAAUUCUGCGGCAAGGAUUUAAAGUAAUAGCCCAGUACUGGGAGCAAAACGUUUAGCAAGUUUUUGGUAACCUUGAUCUACACUUCUUUAAAUGAUGAAAUGUUAACAAAUGCAAGAGCAAGAAGUCAGAUUGCUGCACUGGGCAGAGCACAAUUCCAUGAAUGAAAUACCAAACUGGCAUGUUAGAUUUUCUCAUGUGAUGCUAUAGGUUUAGAGUAGCUAGAUGUGGAUUAUAUAUCUAACAGAGAUAUGUGAAUAAAAACUACAACUUGCCAGAAAAUAAAGAACUAAGUGCACUUCUGAUUUCCCAGUUAUUGUGUGCAUGUGUAAGAUUUGUCAUAAUGUAAUUGUGUAUGAGGUCUUUACUGCAUCAUGCCCUGAAAUCCUGC